AUGACACAGAGAGUUGAUGCACAAGGAGGAAAGGGAGGAUCUUUUUGGGACCAUGGCAUUAACAGUGGUGUAAAGAAAAUUUAUGUGGGAAGAGAUGACACUUGUAUUAGUUAUCUCAAGGUUGAAUAUUUCAGUGAUGGCACGGUGAAGUCACAUGCGCAUGGUAUUCAGGUUCACAAACUACAAGAGUUUGUUGUUGACUAUCCAAAUGAAUACAUCACAUCAGUCGAAGGAACUUACGCUAGUGCUUACGGUACUGCUGUUGUCGUAACGUCGCUUGUCUUCAAGACAUCAACGGGAAGAGUAUCUCCCAGAUUCGGAAACCCUGGAUUCGUGCUUAAGAAUAAUGGUCGGAGGCUUGUAGGGUUCCAUGGGAAAUCCGGCUUCGCUCUAGAUGCCAUCGGAGCUCAUUUUGCACCGGACUCAUCAUCAUCGAACUGGGCUCCGCCUAGGAAACUUGCCGCGCAAGGUGGUCCAGGAGGAGGAAUGUGGGACGAUGGAGUUCACAGUGGUGUAAGAAAAGUAUAUAUUGGAAGAGAUGACAGUUGUGUAACUAAAGUCAAAUUCGACUAUGUCAGCGCGGACAGUGAACUAGAAACACGUGAGCAUGGCCGGAUAUAUCAACAUCCACAAGAGUUCCUGCUUGAUUACCCAAACGAAUAUAUAACAUCAGUGGAAGGAACAACCGGAAAGACUCCUAAUUUUAAACACGUCGUCACGAGUCUUGCCUUUACAACAUCAACAGGAAGGACUUCGCCAACAUUUGGAGCUACUAAGUUUGUGCUCGAAGACAAUGGUCGUCAAGUUGUUGGAUUCCAUGGCAAAUCUGGAUUUGUUAUUGAUAGCAUCGGAGCACAUUUUGCUCUGCGCGCGCGACCACCUUCUUGA